AUGAGUUCCCAGCGGAGACUCAGAAGUGGUCAGGCAGCACUGCUCCUUGCUGGGCUGCUGGCGGCUCUGUUGCGGUUCUGUGGGGCCACUUGCCCGGAGAAAAACCUGGAGGACCGUGAAGAAGAGGCCAACGUAGUUCUGACGGGAACCGUGGACGAAAUCAUAAAUAUGGACCCGGUACAUAACACUUAUUCUUGCAAGGUCAGGGUGUGGCGGUACUUGAAAGGAAAGAGCAGCAUAAACCGUGAAAUUCUCUUGGAUGGUGGCAACAAGGUGAUGAUCGGCGGCUUUGGCAACACAGGAAUCUGCGAUAAUCAGGUUGCCACGGGUGAUACUCGCAUAUUCUUUCUUAACCCUGCCCCGGAGUCCAUGGGUCCUGAACACAAGAACGAACUGAUGCUCAACUCAAGCCUGAUGAGGAUUACACUGCGGAACUUGGAGGAUGUGGAGCACUGUGUGGAAGCUCACAAGUAUAUAAUUGCAGACAAACCUCCUCACUUUACACCUGCUCAGCCUCCUGACGGCUGCCGAGGGAAGUUGUGCGGGUUUGGCGCCGUUUGUGAGCGAGACCCGAAAAACCCUGGCAGUGCAGAGUGCGUGUGCAAGAGACUGGAUAAUUGUCCAUCCUUGGUUGCGCCUGUGUGUGGGUCCGAUUCAUCCACCUAUACAAACGAGUGCGAGCUGGAGAAAGCCCAGUGCCGUAGCCAGCGGCGCAUCAAGGUGCUGCGUAAAGGCCCGUGCUCUCUCAAAGACCCUUGCACUGAGGUGACCUGCAGCUACGGCAGCACCUGUGUCCAGUCAACUGAUGGCUUGUCGGCUAAAUGCAUGUGCCCACUUGGCUGUGAGGGAAGACCAGAGGUGACAGUAUGUGGCAGCGAUGGGAAGGACUACCGCAACGAGUGUGAGCUGCAUCAGUAUGCCUGCAAAAACCACAAGAAUAUCAGGGUGCAACAUCAAGGACGAUGCGACCCUUGUAAAGACAGUGAGAACAGUCUAAACACAAUGUGCCGGGUCGAAGCUCUCACCCGCCAACCACUUAUCUUUGGAUUGCCCGAGUCAUGCCCCCCAGCUAGCGAGCCGUUAUGCGCCAGUGAUGGUGAAACCUACCCCAGCGAGUGUGCCAUGAGAGCAACGGGUCUACAGAAAGGAGUCAAACUCAGGAAGAUUCACAGCGGAUGGUGCAGAAGGCUGGAAGAAUGUAAGGAGGAGUGUCGCUUCAACGCCGUGUGUCUGGUAGAUCAAUUGAACGCUCAAUGCUCCUGCGAUCCCAUCGAGUGUGACGGGACCUACAAGCCUGUCUGUGGCAGGGAUGGUCGCACCUACACCAACGACUGUGUGCGCCGCAAGGCUGAGUGCCUGGACAAGACCCCCAUUCCCGUCAAACAUCCAGGACCGUGUGAUCUCAACAUGCCAAGCCCCUGCUUGGAUAAAGUGUGUCAUCAUGGCGCAGUGUGUGUCGUCAAAAAUCAUGAGCCAGUGUGUGAAUGCCUGGAAGCCUGCCCCCAAUCGUCAGACACGGUUUGUGGCUCUGACGGCAGCAGUUACGGCAGCCCCUGCGAGAUGCGAGCAAUGGGUUGCGCUCUGCAAAAGGCUAUCUAUGUCCAGCAUAAAGGACCCUGUGAUGAGUCCUGUGGCAACUGCUCUUUCGGAGCGAUCUGUGAUGCCCAGAGUGGACAGUGUGUUUGUGCAACAGAGUGUGUGGAGUCCCACCAGCCCGUAUGCGGGAGCGACGGCACGACAUACAACAGCGAAUGCGAACUGCACGUACGAGCCUGCAAAAAACAGAUGGAUCUUCGAGUGGUCAGCCAGGGAGAGUGCAAAACUUGUGGCAACACUGUGUGUGCCUGGGGCGCCCGUUGUGUACGAAGUAAGUGCGAGUGUCCAUCAUGCUCGGGUGAAGCGUUCUCCCCGGUGUGCGGAAGUGACGGCACCACUUAUGAGAACGAGUGUGAACUCCGCCUGUCCUCGUGCGUGCAGAAGAAGAGAAUCGAUGUGGCGAAUUCCGGCAGAUGUGAUGAAGACUGUGGCUCUGGAGGGUCCGGAUCUGGUGCAGAGAGCUGCGAACAAGACCGCUGUCGCUUGUUUGGAGGGUCAUUGGACGAAGAUGCCGAAGAAGACCGAUGCAUUUGCGACUUCAUUUGCCACACUGUGCCUCACGCCGAGGUCUGUGGCUCAGACGGGAAAACUUACAACAAUGAGUGUGAGCUGAAGAAGGCAAGGUGUGAGAAACAAGAGCAGUUGACAGUUCAGCACCUGGGAUCUUGUGCAGAUAAUAUUGCCACAUCGCUGCCUGAGCCCACCGAGUCUCAGCACUGCUCUCUGUCUGUGUAUGGCUGCUGUGCCGACAAUUUUACAACUGCCUUGGGAGUUGGACUGGCCGGUUGUCCGAGUACUUGCCAAUGCAAUGUCUAUGGCUCCUACAAGGGUACAUGUGAUCCAGCCAGUGGUCAGUGCUCUUGCAAACCAGGAGUCGGUGGACUUAAGUGUGACCGCUGUGAGCCGGGCUUCUGGAACUUCCGCGGCAUUGUGACGGAGAACAUGAGCGGCUGCACACCAUGCAACUGUGACGCAAGCGGGUCCGUGCGUGAUGACUGUGAGCAGAUGUCAGGUCUGUGCUCCUGUAAGGCCGGGGUAAAGGGCAUGAAGUGCAACGUGUGCCCUGAUGGAAGCAAAAUGGGCAUGAAUGGCUGUGACAAAGGUCCAGAGGCUCCGAAUUCAUGUGACAAGUUAGUUUGUAGUUUUGGAGCUUCUUGUAUUGAGGUGAAUGGUCAAGCCUUCUGUGAGUGCCCCUCAACUGACUGCGAUGAGCGGAACAAAACUAAGGUGUGCGGUUCUGAUGGGGUGACGUAUGCCGACCAGUGCCAGCUGAGGACAAUUGCCUGUAGGCAAGACAAGGAUAUCACAGUGCAACACUUUGGACAAUGCACAGAAACCAUCUCCGAGCGGGCCGAGCGACCCACUCCAACACCCCUUGCCGCCACCACCAUCACAACGCCAGCACCCUUAAAUCAUAACAUGGUGUGGGCCAUCCCACCUCCGAGAACAGAUGAGACUACGGAGCAGCCCGCUGCCCCCACGCCUUCACCCACUUUCACUCACCACCGUGCGCAAACAAAACACCACCACCACUCCAUCCACAUCCAACCUCAGUCGCCACGGUCAACCACUGCCACCGCCUCUCGCAGUAGCCCUGCCUCCUCCGCUGAUGCAAAGUCAUUCGAAGGUUCAGGGAGCGGGGAACCGAGUGGAGAUGACCAAGCCGAGGAAGAGGAGGAGCAGGAAGAGGAAACAGGAAGCGGCGUCCCAACGGAGGCCAGUGGGGCGGAGGAAUCCUUUGGACCCACAAUGGAAAACCCUGCAAUACCCAUUGCUGACCAAAGGCCAUCUUGUGACAACACGGAAUUUGGAUGCUGCCCUGACAGCGAGACUCCGGCCAGCAGCGCAGAAGGAGCCAAUUGUCCACCCACCAUGAAGUUCAGUGGUUUCCUGCACUUGGACCAGGUGGAGGGCCAAGAAAUAGUCUACACCCCUGAGAUGGAGGACCCAAAGUCUGAACUUUUUGGAGAGACGGCCCGCAGCAUCGAAAGUGCCCUCAAUGACCUAUUCAGGAAGUCAGAGGUUCGCAGAGACUUCAUGAGUGUUCGUGUGCGCAACCUGGCGCCCAGCAACUCCAUCUUGGCCUUUGUGGAGGCUAAUUUCAAACCAGAUACAAGAUACACAGUAGAGGACAUUGAGGGAGCCCUGCUUAAACAGCUGAAGGUCUCCAAGGAAACGAGCAUCACAGUGAAGAAGCCAGUGGAUGAAAAUAUUCGCUUCAACAACUAUGGCCUAUCAUCCAUGCCCUUCUUUACCACCACAACUGCAUCAGUCACUACUCAUGCUCCCACUACCACCACCAGGCGUCUGGUCACUUCCCCUUAUAUCACCCGUCGGCCGCCAGGCACGACACGAAGGCCCGGCAGACGCACCACCACGACAGCAGCACCCAUCAGCACCACGGACUCUAUCAUGACCACAACAGCAAUGACGCCAACCACCACCGUCGCCCAUGUUCGCGAAAAACUGCACAAACACCAGAGACCCUGCGAUUCUCAUCCUUGCCUCCAUGGGGGAACCUGUGAGGAGGAGGGCAACGACUUCAACUGCAAGUGUCCUGCUGGGCGAGGAGGCUCUGUAUGUGAAAAAGUGAUGAAAUACUUUAUCCCAUCGUUUGGUGGCCACUCCUACUUGGCCUUCCAAACCAUGAGCGCCUACCACACUGUUCGCAUUGCCAUGGAGUUCAGGGCAUCCGAGAUGACGGGCAUCCUUCUCUACAACGGUCAGGAGAACAAGAAGGACUUCAUUUCUCUGGCCGUGGUGAAUGGCAAAGUGGAGCUCAGGUUCAACACGGGUUCAGGUACAGGCAUCGUGGUCAGCAAUGUUGAAAUCACUCCAGGCCGCUGGCAUCAGCUGGUUGUAACUCGCAAUCGACGUCUCGCCAUGCUAAGCGUGGACAACGAGCCGCACGUCGAGGGCGAAAGUCCACGUGGAACUGAUGGACUCAACCUAGACACCAAUCUGUUCAUUGGAGGAGUACCUGAUGAAAUGACGCAAGAUGUAAGGGAGAGGACCGCUGUAGCCUCUGGUCUUGUCGGAUGCAUCCGCCUGCUGGAUGUCAACAACCGGGUGCUCAACCUACAAGAGAACGGCGUCGAUAAUCUCUAUGGCAGUGGUGUGGGUGAAUGUGGCAACAACCCCUGCCUGCCAAACCCCUGCAAGAAUGGUGCCACAUGUCAGGUCAAAGAGGCAGAGAUGUUCCACUGCACGUGCAGAAAAGGAUUCUGGGGCCCAACCUGUGCCGACGUCCAUGAUCCGUGCGAGCCCAGUAGAUGCCAUCCAUCCUCUCAGUGCCAGGCACUUCCCGAAGGAGGCUACAAGUGCGAAUGUCCGAUGGGACGUGAAGGGAGGCACUGCGAGAUAGUUGCUGAAAGGAGUGGAGCAUACAUGCCAUUAUUCAAUGGAGACUCGUACUUAGAACUCAAAGGGCUGCAUCUUUACGGACAUGAUCUUCGUCAAAAAGUCAGCAUGACAGUGGUACUUAUGGCCAACGACUCCAAUGGCCUCAUCUUUUACAACGGGCAAAAAACGGACGGAAAAGGAGACUUCAUCUCUUUGUCCCUCAAUGAAGGAAUCCUGGAGUUCCGAUAUGACCUUGGCAAGGGGCCUGCUACCAUCAGGAGUAAAGAACCUAUCAGACUCCACACAUGGAACACCAUCAGUUUGGAGCGCUCUAAUCGCAAAGGAGAGAUCAUGGUGAACAAGAAGGACGCUGUGAGAGGAGAGGCACCAAAAUCACGCAAGAACCUCCAUGUGGACCUGAACCUAAAAGAGUCUCUCUUUGUUGGUGGAGCUCCUGACUAUAGUCGACUCGCAAGAAGUGCUGCACUUACAGAAGGCUUCAAGGGAACCAUCCAAAAGAUCAUCUUGAUGGGUACGCCCAUCCUCAAAGAGGAGAACGCCCUGCGCUCUCAGAAUCUGGCCAUGUUCCAGGAGCACCCCUGUUCCCGGGAACCCUGCCACAAUGGGGGACGUUGCAACCCCCAGCUGGACACUUAUGAGUGUAUUUGCCUCAGCGGCUACUCUGGGGGACACUGUCAAAAUGCCAUUUAUGAGAAGUCUGCCGGCACGGAGACUGAGGCCAUUGCCUUUGAUGGGCGGACUUUCAUCGAAUACCACAACGCUGUCACAAGGAGCCAACUCACCAAUGAGAUCCCAGAUCCCGAGUCCGUGGAGAACCCAUCUGACCAGAGUGAAAAAGCUCUGCUGGUGAACAAAUUUGAACUCAGCAUCCGUACCGAGGCGACUCAGGGCCUCGUGCUGUGGAGCGGGAAGGGUGUCGAGCGUUCCGACUACAUCGCCCUGGCCAUCGUUGACGGUCGCGUUCAGAUGAUGUACGAUUUGGGCUCCAAGCCGGUGGUGUUGCGCUCCUCCGUGCGCGUCGACACCAACCGCUGGAUACGCAUUAAGGCUAGCAGAGCCCUACGAGAUGGAUCGCUACAAGUCGGCAAUGAGGCAGCAGUGACAGGAUCAUCGCCUUUGGCAGCAACUCAGCUGGACACAGACGGAGCGCUUUGGUUGGGCGGCCUGGAGGAAGUGGCGGUGGCACGUCGGUUGCCCAAGGCCUACAGCACAGGCUUUGUAGGCUGCAUCAAGGAUGUGGUCGUCGAUGGCGUGGAGCUCCACCUGGUGGAGGAUGCAUUAAACAGCCCCCAAAUAUUACACUGUCCAGCGGCCAAAUAA